AUGGUGUCUAAUGAGCCAAGUGGGAGAAUCAUGACCUUCCACCCAACCAUGGAAGAAUUUAAAGAUUUCAACAAAUAUAUUGGUUACAUGGAAUCCCAAGGUGCCCACCGAGCUGGCCUGGCGAAGGUCAUUCCACCCAAGGAAUGGAAAGCCAGACAGACCUACGAGGAUGUCAGUGACAUGGUGAUAGCCACUCCCCUCCAGCAGGUGGCUUCUGGGCGAGCAGGUGUGUUCAUUCAAUACCACAAAAAGAAGAGGGCCAUGACAGUGGGCGAGUAUCGCCUGUUGGCAAACAGUGGACAGUAUCAGACUCCACCACAUUUGGACUUUGAGGAUCUGGAGCGGAAAUACUGGAAAACGCGCCUGUAUAACUCGCCCAUCUAUGGCGCUGACAUCAGUGGCUCCUUAUUUGAUGCCAACACUAAACAAUGGAACCUUUGCCACCUGGGAACCAUCCAGGACCUGCUGGAGCAGGAGUGUGGGGUUGUCAUCGAAGGUGUCAACACCCCCUACCUGUACUUUGGCAUGUGGAAGACCACCUUCGCUUGGCACACGGAGGACAUGGACCUUUACAGCAUCAACUACCUGCAUUUCGGGGAGCCCAAAACGUGGUACGCGGUGCCCCCAGAACAGGGCCCGCGCCUGGAGCGCCUGGCCAGGGAGCUUUUCCCGGGCAGCUCUCGGGGCUGCCAGGCCUUCCUGCGGCACAAGGUGGCCCUCAUCUCGCCCACUGUCCUCAAGGAGAACGGGGUCCCAUUCAGUCGCAUCACUCAGGAGGCUGGAGAGUUCAUGGUGACCUUUCCCUAUGGCUACCACGCUGGCUUCAACCAUGGCUUCAACUGUGCGGAGGCCAUCAACUUUGCCACCCCGCGAUGGGUCGACUAUGGCAAAGUGGCCUCUCAGUGCAGCUGCGGGGAGGCCCGGGUGAGCUUCUCCAUGGACGUGUUUGUGCGCCUCCUGCAGCCCGAGCGCUAUGAGCUGUGGAAACGCGGGCAGGACCGGACUGUUGUGGACCACGUGGAGCUGGGCCUGAGGCAACUGCAGCCCUGUCGGGCCACGCACACCCCUGGAUCAGUGGGCACGGGCCGUGGGUCCCGCGGCCACCGUGGCAGCCAGGCCCUUGUGCGCAAGCCAUGCCUGCGCCCCUCGCUAGGCCAUGGUUCUGCCUCUGCUGCACAGCCCGCGGCUGCCGCGGCCCUCUGCUCCUCAAAGCCCAACCCAUCCUCACAGCCACCCUCGGGCCCAUCUGCUCAGGAUCUCCAGCCAACUGGCACACGUGGUGGUGGAAGUGGUCGUCGUCCUCGGGAACAGGGGACUCAAGAGUCCAUUGUUCAGGUCCCGGCUAAGAGGCGCCGCCUAGUGGGCGCAGUGCUCACAGCUCCGGAUCCCAAAGCCCAGCCUGUGCCUGAGGACAAACCCUCCAUGGACAGCCAGGCACUGCUGGUCCCAGCCUCCUAA